AUUAUAGUAAAACAACAAAAUAAAGGAGGAAGAAAAGGUGAAUAGAUCCUGCCCUGCCUCCUAGAGAGAUUCUCAGGGAAACAAGAAAUCGAGUGCGUUUCUCGGCGAAAUUCGAAACAUCAGGGCUUCAACUAGCUUCGCUUCUUCUUCAUCAUCUUAUCUUAUAUCUAUUAAUCAGGAGUCUUACCGGUGGUUUGUAAAAUGGGGGAGACUGGGAAACGAUAUCGCAAUCAAAGGGACCAUGAUGGAAACGGGAAGAAUCAAAAGCGGCGUCUGAAUGACAAAGUUGAAAGGGGAAAUGAUGAAUUGAUUAUCUAUAGAAUACUGUGUCCAGAUGGAGUAAUUGGGAAUGUCAUUGGUAAGAAUGGAAAAGUCAUCAAUACAAUAAGGCAAGAGUCUAGGGCAAAAGUCAAGGUGGUGGAUCCAUUUCCGGGUGCCAAGGACCGGGUUAUAACAAUUUACUGCUAUGUUAAGCAGAAGGAAGAAUUUGAGGUUGAUGAUGAGCUCAAUAAUAUGCAGCCUUUAUGUGCUGCCCAAGAUGCUCUUCUCAAGGUUCAUUCUGUCAUUUCAAAUGCCAUGGAAGCCGUUGGAGAUUCUGAAAAGAAACAGAAGGAUAAGGAAGAAUGCCAAAUCCUUGUUCCAUCAAGCCAGUCUGCAAAUAUCAUUGGUAAGGCUGGGGCUACCAUUAAAAAAUUGAGGGUAAAGACAAGGACAAAUAUCAAGGUUAUUGCAAAGGAUAGGGCCAAUCCGGCACACUCAUGUGCUAUGGACUUUGACAAUUUUGUGUUGAUUACUGGUGAAUCAGAAGCUGUUAAAAGAGCAUUGUUUGCAGUUUCUUCUAUUAUGUACAAGUUCUCUCCAAAGGAGGACAUCCCUCUUGACACGACAGUACCAGAAGUCCCUCCUAGCCUUAUUAUUCCUUCAGACAUUCCAAUUUAUCCACCUGGCAGACUAUACCCAACUUCAGAUCCUAUUAUCCCACCUAGACCUGUUCCUCAAAUCCUAGGUGCGACAAAUGUACAUGAUCUGCAAGGUUACGCUGAUUCAGGAAAUGCAUGGUCUCUGUACUCAUCUGCACUUCCAGCCGUUUCUGAUCCUGGUGGUUCACAAUCUGAGGAAUUAAUUGUUAGAAUGCUAUGCCCCUCUGACAAGAUUGGAUGUGUCAUCGGGAAGGGAGGGAGUAUAAUUAAAAAUAUAAGGCAGGCUAGUGGUGCUCGUAUCGAGGUUGAUGAUUCCAAGGCUCGUUACGAUGAGUGUUUAAUCACUAUAACUGCAACAGAGUCAUCAAGUGAUCUGAAAUCCAUGGCAGUGGAAGCUGUUUUGCUUCUGCAAGGGACAAUAAAUGAUGAAGAUGACACCCCAGUUUCAAUCCGGCUCCUAGUUCCAUCCAAAGUUAUAGGAUGCAUUAUUGGGAAAAGUGGCUCAAUCAUAAACGAAAUUCGGAAGCGGACUAGAGCAGAUAUUCGAAUCUCGAAAAGCAAUAAGCCUAAAAUUGCUGAUGUGAAUGACGAACUUGUUGAGGUGGUUGGUGGAGUUGAUUGUGUGAGAGAUGCACUAAUCCAGAUUGUAUUAAGACUGCGGGAUGAUGUACUGAAAGAAAGGGACACUGGCCGUAAUCCUCCCCCUAUAGGUUCUGAAUCGUUUUAUUCAGGUGGUUCUGUUCUUCCAGUGAGAUCUGUCAUCCCUCCAGCUCCUGAUGUCCCUGCUCCAUUGGCUUAUGAUCAGAGGACUGAAAGUGGAACUGGGCUAAACAUGCUUUCUUCCAGCAGCUUGCAUGGUUUUGGAUCUUAUUCGAUGGGAGAAAAUGGCUAUGGAUCUAUGUCUUCGUAUGGCUACAAGCUAUAUGGAGGUUUGCCUCCCUCAUCAACUAUGGAGAUGUUGGUCCCAGCUAAUGCUGUAAGCAAAGUGUUAGGUAGAGGAGGGGCAAAUAUAGCUAAUAUUAGGAAGAUUUCUGGAGCAACAGUAGAGAUUUCUGAAACCAAAUCUUCCCGAGGUGAUCGUAUAGCUCUUAUAUCGGGUACACCGGAACAAAAACAUGCAGCUGAAAACUUGAUCCAGGCAUUUAUAAUGGCCACAUAACCUGAUGGAGUUAUUUCUGGUGUUUUAAGAUGAAAAAUUAAUCCUGAAGCAUGUCCAGGUUCCUGUCCAUAGUUCUUAUAUCUUUGGUCUGGAAUAGAAUAUUCUAUAGGGUUCUUUUGCUGAACUCCUGUUUCUUCCAUAACAUUAACUAGCAAGAUUCUUCUGGAGUAUCCAUGGCUAGGUCUGUAUGUAGGAGCUAUACUUCCUUUCAUUUCUUUUUCUUAAUCUAUUCUUCUUCUGCGCUCUUGUCAUAGUAAUUUAGGAUCUUUCUAUCCAUUCAUGCUGUAUUUCUGUUGACCAGUGUGAGACCAUCCCCAUAAACUAUUGUCAGGGGAAACCAUAAAGGGUUGAUGUUUAUUUUGUUCUGCUGGAUCAACCUCUUAUUCUUGUUUCUUGCUGGAAGUGUUUCUCCUAAUGAUGCUAAUAAAAUGCAGAUUCUCUGGUAAUCUCCUUUUUCUAACUCUUGCUCAGAAAGUACUUUGAUCAGAAGUUGGAAAAUUGCCUCAUGAAUUAGAGAAUAACGCAGAUAACUCUGGAUCAUUCUCUUCCCUCUGCUAGUAUUUUCCGUAUCUUGUAAUCCUAACGUAAUGGUUUUUGCAACUAUAUAUGAUCAUACAUUUUUUGCUUGACUUCCGGCUUCUGGUUGUGCUUGUUAUCACACUGAGCACACUCCAUUGUUUACCUAUUAUCUGAAAAACCAUUAGAAUUUAUUUUGUAGAGCUUGUAUUCGUGCUUUUCAGUUUUCACCUUAGUUGUCAUGUGCUGGAUGCCGCUCACAAGAAGAUACUUUGUCUCUGCUGCAUUUUAUUGAGGCAGCCCAUAACUGAUCCAAUGCGUUUAAAAUGAUAUCAGUGAAUGUCCUAAUUUUAUCGAAUUAAAUUCAUUUUAUGAUCUUGAUUCUUUAUCUCUGUUGCCUGUGGCUUAUCUACUAUCCUGUUUGCAACUUAGCAUUUAGUAUCUCACAUGAACUUGGAUUAUAUGGUUAAUCAUAUUUUGGUGACCUAGAGAAUAUCCUUUCUAAAUUUCAGUGAUUUUCUUAAGUGGCAACUAAAUUUGUAGGGAAUAGCUUGUUUCCUAUCCUUAAGGUAUCUGCUUAUUUCUCAGAUAUUGCUUUCUGACUAGUAUGAAUAAUCACAAUCACAUGCCAUAGGAUUAAAUCAUCCUCUUUCGAUUGUCAAUCUACUAUAUAUCGGUACUCAGAUCUUCUCUUGAAAAAGAUUCACUCAUCCAGUUUUUCUGCUGCUAUGUUCAAAAUCUACAAUAAGACCAGUGUGCUCAAGACUUCCUUUCCUUUUCAUCGUUGCAUAGCGCUGUCUAGCUUUCUUUACAUAAUUAGUAAUCAGCUAGAUAUUUUUCAAUGGGAAAAUCAUACAAAGCCAGAAAUCCCUCCGGAAAUAUAAUAAUCCAACUAAGUUGGCAGGUUAUGAGGGGUUUAAGUAAAAUUGUUAUGUUCUCUCUACCAUUAUUAUCUUUGCCAUGGGUGUCCGCCAAUGAAUUGAGGCAGUGUAGCACUGCUCUUUCCGAUGAUUACAGUGACAUUAAACUUCACUUUCCUAGCAAAUUGUCGGUAUAUUUAAUUUCUUCAUUUUGUGCUAGUGUAGUUUCUAGGUUUUGUUUCAUAAACUCUCCCUAUUCUCAUAUCAGCAAAGUUAAUCUGACAUGUAAUGUUUUUUAUUUCUUUACCCAAUCCUUUUCAUGUAUGUUUGGGAGUUCUUCUGAGGUGGGAGUCGAGCCCUUAAUGGCACUGAGAAAAGGGAAGGAGUGGGUGAGAAAGCCCUUCUCCUAUUUGGGAGCUCCAUGAAGACAAGGGACUGCAGUGCCUCCAUAUCUAAGCACCCACUUGUCCCUGCCACUCCCUCCUCGCCUUGCCCUUCCGGCCACUGCUCCCAAACAAAGCCUUAACCCUUAAGGAUAUACUAUACAGGUGGGAAAUCCUCCCUGUUCUAGACUAUGAUAGAUUCUAAGUUUACAAUACCCCCCUCUCAACUCAGUAUUAUAGACUCUAGAUCACUAUCCAUUUUUAUUAUUAUUACCCCACCAUUCUUAUUAAAAGGAUGUCUAGUUUGAAUUUGGUUAUUGGGUGUAGGUCAAUUGCAAUUUGCAGCCAUUGUUAUAAGUUGAUGUAGUUCAAUAGAAUGUGGAUUGCAGCCAUUGUUGUCAUUCACUCCAGGUAUUUUUGUUUGUCUUGGAGAUGAAUAUUUCCUUUAUGAAGGGGUAUGGUUCAUGGGAACUUAAGGCCAGAGAUCUUGUUUGUUGUCACUAUUUGUAUAUGAAAUUACUUUUAGAUUGUAUAUAAAAUUAUAAAGUAGUGUUAAUAAAUUCCUGUGCAUACAGCUUUCUUCAGUUUUGUUUUCAACCAGGAAUAGAUUGUAAAUAUUGUGAACUGUGAAGGUAAAUUAGUUUUUGCUUUUCUUGGUUACACUGCAUUUGUUCAACCAAAAGAGGAAAAAGAAACAUGCAAAUUGAACUUAUUUGUUAACAAAGCAGAAUCAGGUAUCCAUUAGGUCUGUUUUCUGCACAGUAGUAGUAGAAAGGUUGCAUGAUGAUGCCACUUUGGCCGGUUAAGUUCAUUUAAAUACAAUUCGAAAAGCCAGAUAUAGAAAAUAUAAGGCAUUUUUGGAUUCUCUCCUCCUCCUCCUCCCUUGUUUGGGAUUUAUAAAGGGGAAAAAGUAUCUUUUAUAUUUUACUAUUUUUUUCCUUCAAAAUUUUAUAAACAAGAAAAAACUGAAAUAUAAAAAUGAAAACUAAACAGGUCAUAAGUCUCUCCUCAACACUAAUAUAGUUAGAAAAUGUUGGUGUAUUAAUGAGCAUAUCGUCCUAUUUCUUAGGAUUUCAGAAGAGCUAAUGACAGUAUUAUUAUGCUUCUGAAAAUAGAUAGUUAGAUAGUGUUAGAAAAAUUUCUCCCCUUUUCCUUCCUUCAUUCAGGCCACAUAUUAGUGGAUCAGAAAAGAUAAUAGAAGGAUGUCUCCAUUAUAGAACCGAAUUUUAUUUGACAAAGAUUUGAAGAUUUUACUUGAAAAAGUGAUUGUAUAUCGAUAUAAUGUUCGUCAUAUGACUUACUUUCUAGAAUGGGAUAUUUAUGAGAAUGACUUUCCCUAAAAUUUAAACUUGUCAAUUUCAAUUUUCCACUAACCAAUCCACGAGGACUUGGACCACACCAAAACAAGCAGGCAGGUAGAUGAAGUAGUAGCUUCUAAUCAUAAAUAAAAGUGUAUUUAAUGGCACAUGUAAAACAGCUAUUACUAUUACUAUGACUAUUGUCUAUUCAUUUUCUAAUGUAGUAGUAUUGCAUUAAGUUAGUGUCCUAUAGGUCUAUGGGACCUUAUGUGAGUUGUGUCGUUGAUAGGAACUUUCAAUUGCUCUCACAUCUACUCGUGUUUGCAUCAAGGGUUUUUUCCAUUUCAAUUCUUUUUUUAUUAUUUGUCUUGUCUAAAACUAAAAGUCUAUCUCAUAGAUAAUGUUGGUAGGGUCCAAAUUUGGAACAUUUUCUACCAAUUGAUCCGGGAUAUUUUCAAUAAGUAAGGAGGAUAUUGGUUUCUCUCCCCACAUUUCUCAAGUGCAAAAGUGCCUUUCAAGUAUAAAUUUAGAGUUCAACGUGACAGAUGAAGUUAUAUACCAUGUCCAAA